AUGAGAACUCGCUUCUCCGCCGACUUCUUCAGCUCCUCCGCCUCAUCGCAAUCUUUGCAAACCCUAGAUUUUCUCCGAUUUCCACCUCCUCAGCUCUCUUCCCCUGAUCUUUUCAACUUUGACAACCUCUCGUGUUUCGAUCAAGUCACUUCUCUCUACAUCUCUCCUCAAAUCGAGAGGUUUUCCGUUAGUGAAGCUCUCAGUAAGUUCUUCUCCGACGUUCUUCCUCAAGAUAUAAAUGCCGAGAUUGAUCAGCAAAUAGCGAGGGAAGUAACGUCAGAGAAGCAAAUAGAUGACAAUUCAGAUGGUGCUGCUAACAACAAUUUUACAGUAGUUAAAUUUGAAAGUCCAGAACUUUGUAUAUCUUUGGAAGAUUCUUGCCUUUUGCAUGAAGAGACGAUGCAAUUUUUCUUUGAAGUAGCAGAUGCAGAAGUUUGUCCGGAGCUGCUUGAUUUUUCACUUGAGGUGCAGCAACUGAUGGAUACUCAUAAAUCAAUUUUCUCUGUAGAAGAUUUUUGUUUAGAGUUCCAGGAAGAGCAUGAGUCCGAUGUCUUCGAAAAUGGCAGUUUGGUUCAGGGCCAAAUAUCUUCCAAGCUUAGAACAUAUCCUCUCUUGGAAGUAGACGAGACAAGUCUGGGAAUUAGCAGCUAUAUAUCUAAGGACAAACAUUUAAUAUUUGAAAGCAAUGAACCCCAAAAGUGGAUGCAAAAAGAUGAAUCAACAUGCGAUGCCAAGGAGCUUUUGCUUUCCAUGGAAUUCGACAUAUGGGAACAUUUCUUAAAUCACUCUCUGGUUCCAUAUCUUAAAUUUGAAAUACCAUGCGGAAACUUUGCUCCCGAGUUAGUGGAUGGGUUUUCCUCUCUGACAUUGAGCCCAUUUGCAUUCGAGCAAUUGCAAUUUUUUGAUACAAAGACCUCACAUUGUUCAGAAAUGUUCUUUGACACUGAAAUUAUAAGUGAUGUAGAAUAUUGUGAACAGAUGUUUGGUGACACAACCUUAAGCACUUUUAACAGCUUGAUUGUCACACAUGAACUUAUUCUGAGAGACGACUCUUUCAAAUCACUGCCUGUUCCUAUUAUUUCUGAUCAAGAAAAGAUACUGUCAAUACAAGUGUUUGUUGAUGAAAUGCUUCAGAAGUUGAAGAUGCAAGCUUCCUCUGCUUCAGAUGGAAUAUACUUGGACUGGCAUCUGUUAGAGGAAGACAUUUAUACUCGUAAUAGAUCAUCUUUCAAAAUGUUUGAGGAUAUAGACACUUACUGUAUUGAGGUAGAUAUGGACUCGUGUAAUAGUCGAAUGCUGACUUUGGAGUUUGUUUUAUCUGAUGCAUGCUCAGAUGAGAAAAACACAGAAGAGAACACUGAGGUGCUGAACAUACAAAUGAAUUCACCUUCUAGUGGAAAUUCAAUGGAUCAUGUGUGUCAUGAUGGAAUUACUUCAAGUAAGUUGAAUGACAUCUGCCAGAAGAUGGAAAGUGGAGAAGAUUUACUUGACAAUAAGGUUAACAAGGCUCAUCAGCUUGUUGAAUCAACAUCACAGUUCAAUGAUCUUGACUUUUUAUUAAACCCUUUAGAGGUUACUUGUUUGAAAAAGCAAAGACCUGCUGAUAAGAGACUUGAAAUGGAUUAUGCUCUUCCCAUGAUUUCAGCCAAGGGCCCAAUCGAGACGCAUGAUACCUGCGAAAAGCAGUGGCAGAGCUUGGAGAAUGAGUUGCAUUCAAGAGAAGAUCUGCAUUCUACUUCACCACUAAGCAAGAGAAGCAAGAACUCAGAAGGACUGCUAUGUUCUACACCUGUUGCGGAAAAGAACACCAUGGGAUCUAUGAAAGCCACAUAUGAAGUUAUGACUAGCUCCCUCCAUCUACAUGUACCACAACAGCCCUCAGCAUUGGAUUCAAAGAAAAUGAGCACAAACAUGCCUUCAUUACCUGAUGCGGUUAUAGUGGUGAACACCCAAAAUGUUGAUACAGAAAUGAUAGUUUCCAGGAGAAGCACAUACCAAAGAAUACUUGCAAUGGAGAAGGAAGGUUUACAGGUUGUUGAAAGGGAUUUAAAUCUGCCAGUUGAUGUUAUAGUUAGUGCUGCCGUUUGCUUAGUGUUGUAUGACAGCAAAAACAUUAGAAGGAAGACUUCUUUAGAUGGCGUUUCUGCAUUCUUAUCUUCAUGUGUUGAAAAUAUUGCGGCAAACGUUUUGACAUCACUUAGUUUUGCCUUCAGUAGUUGCAUUCUGAUAUUUGAAGGAGAAGUUGGUUUCCUUGCUAGUAUAAUGGAGUCAUCAGAUGGAUUAUAUGCUGCUGCAUCAAGCCUAGGAAUUGACUUGCAGCUCUUUUGUUCAUAUUCAUCUGAGAUAACUGAUGAGAUAAUAUUGAAAUGUAUCGCACAUGCUGCAAAGUCAACUAGAGGCCUAUAUCCCAAGAUGCCCGAGUCUGAAACUCUAGCUGAAUCGUUUCUAACCAAAUUUCCUUCAAUUAAUCCACUCUCGGCACAUGCAAUUUUGUCUUCAGUUGGAACACUCGUUGAGUUUCUUGAAAUGUCUCAUCAGCAAAGGGUUUGUGCCGUCCAAAAGUACCUCGUUCCUGAUGCAAGUACCACAUUGUUUAGUGCUUUAUGCAGAUAUGGUGAGCGAGAAGAUUCUAGAUCAGGAAUGACAGAUUGCUGCUCUUCAGUGUCAGAAGGUCAUGACUCCGGCAAUUGUUGUCCUAAGAGUGACCAUGAGAAAAAGAAAAGAAAGUAUGUCAGUAGUCCUGAGGCAAGGGCGAUGUCCAUGGAUUAUUUAUUUCAAGUUGAGCAAAAUAAUGAUGUCACAUGUGAUCCUCCCAAAACUGCAAAUUCACAUAGUUAUUGGAAUUUGGAAGCUGAAGAAAUAUCUGAUGAUAUUGUGAAGUCUAAUACAGCUUUUGAUGAGAUUUAUUUUGGUGAAAACCAAAGAUCUGCUCUGGGUAUUAUGCUGAAUCCUUCUAGUUUGGCUAAGCCAUGUAAUAUUCGAAUGUCAGAAGCACCUGAGGUCUCAGGUGAAAUAAAUUUACCCGACAUGACAGUGAUUGAGACAUCAUUUGGUCAAAGCAAGAAAGUGCAUAUGCCCACGGUGAACAAGUUAGGUAGUCACACUGAUAAUAACUCUAAAGGUCUGCACGAAGGGUUUAAAGGGGAAGUUAUUGACAUUGAUGAUGAUGCUAUGGCAGGUGAGUGGUGCAGUCUUCCUAGUUUUCCCUCGGCUGCUGACAUCAACUCAGACUUAGAUUUCUGGAUUGAUACCAAACAUAAUGGACAGAGUUCGAGAGAAGAAAUUACACUGAAUUCGCAUGCAGAUCUAAUGAACAAUGGCAUACCUCUAGAGCAGCUGCAGAUAUCCUCAGAGGAGUGUUUACUAGUGAACUCUCCAGUGGAUUCCUGCAGACCAUCUUUUAAAGGAAAGGAUCCACAUUAUGGUAGGACACCACUGUCAAAAGCCAUUUUCUCUGCUCAACCACAGAAAGGUUCACCUUGGACUAUAGAUUUUCUUAACAGAAUUAAGGAAAAGAGCAGGCUGCGUCAGCAAUCUGUUCCAUGCAUAUCAUCUGCCCCUUGUUUUGGCUAUUCAGGGAAUUCAUCAAAGUUUAGAAAGAGAAAAAGCCCAUCUAUACUCGACUUCUACAGGUACCAAAGGAGCAGCACCGUGCAAAGCAUGGAGCACAAAGGGCAAAAGGUUCCUAUACAACCAUCAAAUUCAUCAAAAUCUGUAAACACAUCACCUUCCUCAUCACAGACAUGGACUCCAAUUGAUAAGAGAGCAAAAAGGAGGCUAACUUUUGCCACCAAUGGAAGCAAGGGCCAAAGCAAGCUAAUCUGGAGUGAUAAGACUAAUCAAACUCAGAAAAGAAGAUAG